AUGGCACAUCAAAACUCUUCUGGGUCCCAUGGACCAAAGAGACCUGAUAUAAAGGUUCCCGAGUCCUCAAAUCCGCAGGCUACCCUAGACGGCGCAAAGAAGAAAAAGAAGUCACGCAAGUCCAAGAACAAGGAGGGUUUACCUUCUGUGAUACACACCAACGGCGCUGUGUCUUCCCCUCCUCGAGUUGAAGAACAACCGCGGCCCUCAAAACGAAAGCGCGAUUUGGAGCCGGAUGGCAAGAAAAAGAAGAAGCGUCAGGCUGCGGAGGACAUCGUAAACGAGGCCGAUGCUCCUACUGUCACGACACCCAAAAAGAAAGAUCGGCCAGUCGAUCCGCUUCCAGAUCAUCCGGACAAGGAAGAUAGCGAGCCUGCCUCAAAUGGCGUUGAGAAAACCACUCCCACCAUUCCAUCCUCCGAACCUGCUCCUGAAGCGGCGCCCUCUUCUGAGCCUAACAACAACCUUACUCGCUCGGGUAGACCGAGGAAGAUUAGGGGUUCACGAAUUGGUGGAAAGAACAACUUGAAGGUGGGAUUCUUCGUCAAGGAAGAAACCCAGAAGCUCGAGAAGUACAAAGUCGAUUUUUGCAACCGCAAUGGCUUCAAUCACAAUCCCAAGAUGUUCGACGCUAUGGUACAGCAUUCAGAGCGUGACAGCGGUGAGUGGCCGUGCCCAACCGACAUUUGCAGAAAGUCCGAGUUCUGGGCCGAAAUCUACGCAAUCCUGCCUGAUCGGGACCGUCGAUCUGUGUACCGGUUCAUGCGACGGCAUUUUCAAGACUCAACUCAGAAGCCGCAUGAGUGGACAGCAGAACAAGAUGAAGAACUUGUCCGUUUACGUGCUGAGCAUGGGCCGAAGUACGCACUCAUUGCGAAACUUCUCGGUCGCAGCGACGAUGAUGUAACGCAAAGAUGGAAGAACCGUUUGGAAUACCGAGGCACGCAGAAUCGCGGGGCUUGGACCGAAGCCGAGAUGCGAUCUCUGAUGAGUACCAUACAGGAUAUCUGGAACAUUGAGCACACCAUUCAUCCUGAACUGGCAGGGAAAGACAUCUACGGAAUGAGCGAGCAAAUAAUCUUAUGGGGCAAUGUCAGCACUGCGAUGAACCACGUUCGAUCUCGUCAGCAAUGUGCAGACAGGUGGCGCAAGAUCUUACGACAUGUUGAAAUAUUGCGAAAGACUGUUGAUCCAGAUGCUGUGUUUGAUCCGGCUGCAGCUACAAAGAGAAAGAAGCCACGCAAUGAUGUCAAAAAGAGCAAUGAUCAUGUGGAGGGUGAUGACAGCGAGGAAGAAGCAGAAGAAAGCAUAGCACCCGACAGCACACCAGGGAUGACUCCUAAGCUUGGGCUCACAGACCAUCAACAACUACUCUCGCUUGGUUCAUCAUCAUCGAAGGAGAUAUCCGCCAAACCCCACAUCGACCCCCAACCCGAGUCCGAGGAUGAGAUCAAUGAGGCUAGUUUCGUCACUGCCGCUGAUGAGCCAGCGCCUCCCUCGGCAGCCUCUCACCCAACUCGCCAGCAUAAUUCAAACAGCCCGAGUCAGUCCAAGGAUGAGAUCAACAAGGCCAGCAAGUCCAGUAAGAAGCGCAAGCGUUCUGAAACUGAAAGGCCUGUCGACGAGCCCGAACCCAAAGUGGGAGCUGAGACUCCAACUACGACCAUUACAGACGCCGAUAAGAAGGCUCGGAAGGCGGCCAAGAAGGAGAAGAAAAGAUUGAAGAGAGAGAAACGAGAGCGGGAGGAACGGGAACGCCAGGAGGCGGAAGCCGCCGCCGCUGCCAGGCAGGCAAAGGAGGACAGGAAGAAGGAGAAGAAGGAGAAGAAAGAGAGGAAGGAGAGAGAGCAGGAGAAGGAGAAGAAAAAGAAGUCCAAGAAGUCAAUGGAUACCGUUGAGACCAAUGGGAUUGACACUUCUGCCGCUGCUGCUCCCCUCAAGAAAAUGAAGACAAAGCACCGCGAGUCGAUUCCUGGGCUCAAUGGGACCGACAUUGAAGGAAACAAGUCUGUCAAGUCUCCUAAGAAGAGCAAGAAGAGCAAGCGGAAAUCUCGGGAAGCAAGCAGCAAGUAUGACAGUCCUGCGGCCAGAGCUCAGCGGUCCAACGCCGAAUCUGAUGACGGUGGUGGUAAUGAAUCCAGUGACUACGAUAUCAAAAUCGAGGGAGACGAUUCAGACUAG